AUAUUUUAUAGGUGGCCAAAUUCCCCGUUAAUUUGUCUUCUAAGCCAGCGGAGAGACGGAGAGAGAGAGGAAGAGUUAUCGUCUCGGAACAAAUAGAAAUUUGAUCCGUCGUUUGCUUUCUCGUCCUUGAAAAGAAUUCAAAGUUCUAUGAUGAGAUUCAAGAAGGGUAAUAAGGUGGAGGUUUGGAACAGGAGGGGGGUUCCUUCUGGCUCUUGGCAGAGUGCCGAAAUCAUAUCUGGUGAUGGGCAUACAUAUUCUGUGAGGUAUGAUGGGUAUCCAACAGAUAGCAGUGUGGCAGUGCAUAGAGUGUCAAGAAAAGCCAUUAGACGAUGCCCUCCACCGUCAGAUGACCUUAAAGAGUUGAGAAUUGGUGAUGUUGUUGAGGUCUUUGACAAGAACUCUUGGAAGCUUGCUGAAGUUCGGACUACUAUUGACCAGAAUAACUAUUCUUUGAUGCUCCUUGAAUCGUUCAAGGAAUUACGAGUCCACAAAUCUUUCAUGAGGAAACAAUUGUCUUGGCAUGACAACCAGUGUAUGGUGAUUCAUAAGGAUUCCGGAAAACAAAAUGAUAGAAGACUGAGCAGCUCAGUUAGAGGAGGGAAGUCAGGUUGCCGUAUACUUCAGUCACAUGAGAAGCUGGAGAAUUAUUCUAAGUGUAACAAUUUUCCAAUGGUUUUACCAAGAAUAAUGAAGAAAAGGACACUUGAUAUAUCUAUUUCUGCUAACUCAUGGAAUGGAGGAAGAAAAAAGAAGAUAGCAAUUGGAAAAGAUGGCAGUUGCCAGAGAAUUACUGUGAAUCCAUUAAAACGUACAGCAAAGGUAGAUGAUACUACAAGUGGAAGACUGUUUGGUGAAAAAUACAUGGAUUGUUUCUUAAAUAGCAGAACUUGUUCUUCUAGAAUUGAAUCAGGGAGGAUUGUUCCACAUUCAGAUGAACAGAAGUAUAUAUUGAGUUCAGUCAAUAGUGAUGCUGAAAGUAUUUCAUCCUCUGUUGGCAGUUGUAGUGUUGACAGCAGUCCAUGUGGGUCAUUGCAGGACAAUGAAGAAGUGUAUAGCCAAACUAAUCGUGCUGAAACUUCCUGCGGUUACGAAAGAGAUUCAUCUCCUUCUAAUAUGGCAGACCUGCAAUCAGAAAUUCAUCUGCUGGAGUUGGCUGCAUAUCGGUCCACUUUAACCGCAAUGUAUGUUUCUGGUCCGGGCCAAAGUUGGAGGCUUCUAAGCUUUGCUUCCAUAGGCCUAUGAUGAUAUUGGAAUUGUCAUGCCUUUGCACUUCAAUCAGUGUGUCAAGAUUUCCAUCUUAUUCUCAUGGGGUAUAUCAGUUUUGGUGCUUCUAUUUCUGUUUGCAACUAUUUCAGACCUUUUGCCUUCGAUACAUGUGUGAUGAAAGGGGAUUUAGUUGAUAUUUGAAACUAAUCUUAGUAUCAAACAUUUGAUCUUUGAUUCUGUUCAGAGUCUUGACUUCGUUAUAGAUAUAGGGAAUGUUUGUUGGUAGCUUAUGCUUCUAGUUUAGAAACAUCUGGUAAAUGGAAACAUUAAUACUCUUUCUUAUUACCUGGAUUUAAAAUUUUAAAUCAAAAGUUUUUUUGAAAUCAAAAUUCACACUAGUGAAAUCUUGCAACUUAGUUUCAUUCAUGCGACCAUAAAGUCAUUGAUAGUUCUUUGAAUAAAUAAAAUAAGUUAUACAACAACUAGUCUGUAUAAGUGGACUCUAGGCAUCUUUGGCACCAAUUAUGACCUAAAGGAAGGUUAUGUCUCUAGAUAAUUUUCAUUGGAAGUUUUAUCUGACACGUUUAGUACAUGCCCCAGGAAGUGUUUGAUUAGUGGCAAUGUUGAGCACUGAACAGAUGCUCGUAGUAGCUUUUCUGUAUCAUCAUUGUUCAUGGUACAAUGUUUUUAUCAUACUUGCCAUAGUUGUAUACAUUUUCAAGUGGUGGGAAUCUAUGACUUGUUUCUCUUACAAUCUCCAUUCUAACAUUUUUUUUAUGGUGCAUUUGAGGAGAAUUGGAUGAAUUACACGAGGUGUGCAAUGGUGCAUUGCCAAACUUUCUACAGGGAAGUAACUUUUCUCAGAUUUUGAACCAUUUAUUCUUCUGUCAUUCUCAGAUGGAAAAGAAAUUUCUAUGCCUUUUAUCACUUUUAUGUGAUUUUUAUUUCUAGCUAUGAAAUUAAAAUUAAGUGAAUAAAUUUAUAUUAUUCUAGUAUCAGGUAUGUUGUAUAUUUCCUAGUGGGAUAUUCAGAUGUCUGUUUUUCUAUAAAAAUUAUAAACACUACUCUACUCUAGCUGAAAAAUAAAAAAUUAUUUUUUCAUUUGAAUUAUCAGGAUUAACUCAUAUAGACUCCCUGUCUAUGUUGGAAAGCUGAGAAAUUUAAGUGGCAAAUACUAUGAUUUAGGUAUAGGUAUCUAAACUUUCAUGGCAUGUGAACCUAUAUUGAUUCUAUCUGUGAAGAAUUGCAUUGAAAGUGAAUCAUCAAUAGCUAAACCAAUAUAUGUUUCUUAAAUCAGGAUAAUGCUGAUUUGAAAAUGCUAAUUCCCUUGAUACUGGAUAAGGAUGGAAAUUUAACAGUUAGAUUAUUGUUUUUGCAUGUCUCAUGCUGCUAAGGUGAUUGGCAGUUAGUACUCUGCUACCCGCAGACACUGUGUAGAAGUAAACGACUUUGAUGAAGUCUACACUCAUAUUUUGUCCUCAGGUCUGCUUUUCUUUGUCUCACUAGAAAUUGGUUCCAACAAAUAUGUCUCAUCCAACCUAUUGAUUAUUUCUAAUGUCUUUAAGUGGACUGCAUUUAAAAUUCCUGUUGCCAUUUGAAUACUACAUAUUAACACGGAUAGGUACACAAUGGUAGAGGUAUGCCCUUUCUUUUUCACCCUUUGAAUGUUUAGAUAUUUCUAAUUUAUUAUACAUUAGCAUUUUCUUAAUUUAAUCUAACAUUUAAUGUUUUCUAGCUCAUUGUUAGUUUGAAGUGGUAGGGAAAACUAAUUUAGUUUCUAGUAACUUGGUUUUCUUCUAGGAGCAAUGAUUUGCUAAGGUCGCCAAUGAAUCAAUUCUUCAAGUAUAUAGCACAAUUGUCAAAAUUCACAGAUGCCAAUAUGAAUUGACCGAGUAAUGUAAAGGCUGACUUGAUCUUUCUCAAAAUCACUUAUAUAGAUUGAUGGCAAAUUUCAAAGAAAGUAUAGCUUGGAAGAAAUUAUGUAGAAAUGAAUGAGUUAACUCCAUUAGAACAUAGAUUAAAUUGAUUGAAAGUUCGUCAAAUUAUAAAUGAAUAGGUUGGAAAAUUUGGUUUUUGUAAACUCAACUAAUAUAGGCAGCUCUUUUCUGAUAUUAGUUUGAACACUAGCAAAGGCAUAUAGGAGAGACAUAUCUUGAAUAUUUAAUAUUGUUUAAUAACUUCAUAUUGAUAAAUAUGAUAGCAUUUAAUAAUAUUUUUUAGUUAUUAAUUCUAUAUUGGUAAAAUAUAAUGUAUUAUCUAUCAAUAAUCUAAAGAUGCAUGUUAAAUUUACAAUAAUACAAUGUCAUCUGUUACUUAUAUAACAUUAUUUUAUUAACCUAAUAAUAACAACAAUAUGAAAUAUUGAUAAUAUAACUACUUUAAUUAAUUAAUCUUACUAUUCAUAUGACUAUUCUAAUAAUUAAUCUCACUAUUUAUUGUUUACACUGAUAUUUUAUUAUUUCUUGGGAUACAAUAUAAUCUUUAUUAUGAUUUAGCAUCAUUUUCUUUUUUUUUUUGUUUAUAUCAAGUUAUAUACUUUUUCACUUUUUUAUUAUUUUUGCCCAAUAAUUUUGAUUUCAUUGGGUUAUUAAUCCGACAUAGUUGAUACCAAAGUUUAAAAUCUUAAUUCAUUUUGGAGUUUCGAUCUUGAUUGGAACAAUGUGGUUUUGAUACCAUAAUGUUCCAGUUAGGUAAAUUUUGAUUGCUUCUAGGAUGAAGCUUGCUUGAAUCUUUUAGGUCACUAAGGGAGCUGGCCACUCAAAAUUGAGUCAUAUAAAACACUCUGGCUUGAGUAGAGGGUUGUGGAAGAAGAUCACGGCUUGAGUAGAGCCCGGAAAACGCUUGUGACAAAGCGGAGUCCUUGUAGAAGACUCUUGAUGGUGGUGGAAGGCUUGUGAUGAAUGCAAAAGCUCAAGUGGAGUUUGCAAGAAUUCAAUGCUCCAAUAAAGUUUCACGACAAAGGAGAAGGUCAUGUCAAGCUUGCGUCGCAGGCGGAAAGCUUGGGUGAAGCUUGUGACCUAGGGGAAGGCUCUUGACAAAGGUGGAACUGCAGAUGGACUUGUUUGCUUCUGCAUCAAGUAUUGGUGCUUGUUGGCACAGGGUAUUGAGCUUCUCAUGUGUUGAUCGGCCGUGUCAACUGGCACAACUGGAGGUUUGAAACCAUGGUGAAACUUGGAUUUUUAAACCAUGGGAUCCUGAUAUUGAUAAUUCCAAUAUUGUCAACCUUUGUUUAAUAGAACUGAAUUUUAGUUCCAUAUUUUGUAUUUGUUAAACACAUUCUUUCUCAUAAAUCCUUUCUCCUAAUUAGAUGCACAAUUAAAUUAUUUCAUUUCUAAUUAAUAACAACUCACUAAUUUGUAUGA